AUGAUCAAAGGAAGAAGUACAGGAAAAGUGAAAAUACUGAGUAUGGUCUUGUGGGUGAGAAAAGUCAAACCCACAGCAGUCAUGAUGAAUACCAUUAAUCAGAGUUUGAACACCCACAGAGCCAAAUAUCUCCUGAGAAGAGUGGAAGUGAAAACCUUUACCAUCCCCAUAGGGACCCAGUCUAAGAUUACAGAUCAUCUGUUUCAAGGCCAGAUGCCUAAACGUCUCAUUUUAGGCUUUGUGGAGAAUGCGGCCUUUAACGGAGAUAAAACUAAAAAUCCCUUUCAUUUCCAAAACUUUGGGAUUAAGAAAUUAGAUGUCAGUAUCAACGGAGAGACCAUGAGUACUCGUUGUUUUGAACCUCAUUUCAACGAGGAUUUAUAUCUGAGAUCCUAUCUCAGUGUGUAUCAAGCUCUGGGGAAAUUAGGAGAAGAUUUGGCUCCGGACAUUACCCUAGAAGAGUAUAAAAGCGGCUACACUCUAUGGGGCUGGGAUUUCACUAAAGAUCAAGAGGCGCAAUCGGAUAAAUUCCACAUCAUAGAAACAGGAAAUCUGAGAGUAGAAGUGCAGUUUACCAACAAUACGGUUAACACCAUCAAUUGUGUGGUGUAUGCAGAAUUCGAUAACCUAUUAGAAAUUAACAAACAGAGAGAAGUGAGCAUUGAUUACUAA